UUUCACCAAUGGUUUUCUAAUUUCCAUGGUUAUGCCAGUAUUAUAGUGUGUAUAUUUGGCAUCAGCACCAAUAUAUUCAAUAUAUCUGUUUUAACACGAAAAGAUAUGAGAACUCCUACCAACAUCUUGCUGACGUGGUUAGCUGUGGCUGACAUUUUAACGAUGGUGCCAUACAUUCCGUUUGCCAUUCACUUUUAUUGUCCGAAUACAUCACCAUUCGAGACUCCUGAGAAAUACACGUAUAAUUGGAUACUUUAUAUGAUCUUCGUAGUCAAUAGUGCCGCUACAACUCACACUAUUUCUAAUUGGUUGGGUGUUUCAUUAUCAGUGUUCCGCUUUAUGCAGAUGAGAUCAACGAGUCGAGGCGUUCUAGCCAAACAACGUCGCUUAAAACAUGUGAAGGUAAUAACCGUGGUUGUGUACAUUUUCUCAAUCAUUGUUCUAAUUCCCAACUAUCUGACUAACAAAAUCCAAUCAGUUCAAGGCCCGCGUAAUACGACCAUAUAUGGAUUAAAAGACAUGACACCGAAAGAUCCCAGCACCGACAAAAUGGCUUUGAUAAAUACUUUACUUUAUGCAGUGGUGGCUAAAAUUGUACCGUGCCUUUUAAUGUCUAUAUUUAGUGUGUCUUUAGUAUAUACAAUACAUUACAAAAAUCGACAUCGCAUGCGCAGGCUUGUGGCUGCUGGGAAAAAAUCGAGGGCCAUCUCUAAACAAACAACUACAACCCGAAUGUUACUAGUUGUUAUAGUCUUGUUUCUUAUUACCGAACUUCCACAAGGCAUUCUUAUUCUCGUUACAGCUGCCAUCCCUCAGUUUCAUAACAACGUAUAUAACCUUCUGGGUGAUCUAAUGGAUUUUAUUGCCUUAUUAAAUAACGCAAUCAAUUUUGUGCUUUAUUGUAGUAUGAGCCAGCAAUUUCGCUCCCGGUUCAUUGAAAUGUAC